ACAGCUGAUUUGUCAAUUGAUCGACGAGCGUGCAAGCAGUCGCCAACAAGUAGCGGGCAUUAAAGUGGUAGUAUUUAGAUAAAAUGCUGCCAGCAAUAACCGUACAACUACAAGCUGAACGAAAUUGUGUGCUCACUAGCCUUUACCGCCAAAAGCAAGCGCGAAAUUUUUCAAAACAAUUUAGUAGCAGAGCAUUCGAAAGAAAGCAUGUACAAACCGUUAGAUGUUUUCGGCUUCCAGAGAAAACUUUACAACUCAAAAAUACAAUUUGUAGAAAUGCAAGCACUUAUUUGAAGAAAAAUUAUUCCGAAAGUGUUAUUGAAGAUGCUACCUUGGACUUUACAGGCAUGGCGCGAAAAUACAAUUAUCCUGUGGAGGAGCAUACAGUUCACACCUCAGACGGGUAUGUCCUGCAACUGCAUCGAUUGGCGCAACCACAUGGCAAACCAGUGUUCCUUAUGCAUGGCCUAUUGGAUAGUUCGGAUACUUGGAUUAUACAGGGACCAAAGGCAGGACUAGGCUACUACCUUCACGAUCAGGGCUAUGAUGUUUGGCUGGGAAAUGCGCGCGGCAAUUUUUACUCACGCAAUCAUUUUGAAAAAUGUCCCAAAAAAUCUGCCUUUUGGGACUUCUCUUGGCAUGAAAUAGGCUGUAAUGAUUUGCCCGCCAUGAUAGACUAUGUGCUGGAGAAGACGGCACACAAGCAGUUAGCUUACUUCGGCCAUUCACAGGGCACCACGGUUUUCUUUGUUAUGGCCUCCAUGCGGCCAGAGUACAACUCGAAGGUAUGGCUUAUGAGCGCUCUAGCGCCAGUCGCCUAUAUGUCACAAAUGAAAACGCCGAUGGAAGCUUUUAUACGCUCUUUAGCUUUUCUCCGCGAAGAUUCGGCCUUUGAGAUCCUACCACGCAACAACUCAUGGAAAUUUCUUUUCAGUACGAAGACUACUGAGAGCUGGUUUGUUAAAUUCAUGUACGACUACUUGGGCGGACACGAUGGAAUGUGGAAUCCAGCCCGUUUGCCGGCUAUUGCGGCACAUUCCUCUAGCGGUGCUAGCAUUAAACAAUUGAGGCAUUAUUUUCAACUCAAAGACUCGAUGAAUUUUUGUCAAUAUGACUAUGGUAAGGAGCGCAAUAUUGAGCGGUAUGGCAGUGCAGAGCCACCUCUGUAUCCCUUAGAGAAGAUAACGGCGCCUAUAGCUCUUUAUUACGCUCAAAAUGAUCCACUCAGUGCCAUAGCAGAUGUGCGUACUUUAAUCGCUGAGCUGCCGAAUGUGUUCAAGGAUCAUAUGUUUCCCGAUAAGCAGUGGGGCCAUGUUUCGAUGUUGUGGGGUGAUUGUGCGCGGAACUUGGCCCAUAAACAUAUGGUAGAGAUUUUACGAAAAUGUGAAUGAUAAUAUUUGAAUAAUAAGAGUUAAAUAAAUUAAUAUCUUUUUAAA